UUCACUCUGUAUCAUGUCAUGUGUCUCUAUGCUGCUGCUUCUAAGUGGUCAUAUCUUUUUGGUCUUCAUGGAGUCUGUGGUCGGAGGGCCUCUGGGGCCAAAUAUCACACUCUCGCCGAGGCGUGAGCUCACUCAGGGUGAAAACUUCAACAUUACAUGCCACAUUCAGCAUCCAGGAGAGACUGUUGUCCUGGAAUUCAAUGACUCCAGCAUCAAUGGCUCCUCCCAUCACUCCCAAAAUGACUCCAUCACCUUCAUGUUUCAAGCUGGCCCAUCCAACUCUGGGAAGUACAGCUGUGUCUAUCAGACUACAGGUCCCAGUGGCAACUACAACAUUUCCAAGAGUGACGUGGUGAUUGUUAAUGUCAAAGUUGAGUCUGUGUUGGUGCUUAUUGUGGCAGCAUUAGCAGGCGGAGCUGUGUUCCUGCUCCUCCUUAUCCUUCUCUGUGUCUGUCUGGCCCGUAAGUCCAAGGCCCAUACAGAAGCAGCUGUCCUUACAUACCAGAGUCAGCCUGUGGACAGAGAAGACCUGGAUUCAGAACCUGAUUACAUGGAGCCAUCAGAGGGCAGCAGCAGUGCCAGUUACGUCAACAUAGAGACACACGAUUUAAGGGAAGGAUGCAAAGACCUAGACACACAAUUGGAGUGGAAUAAAGCAAUCUAUGUCGAUACGGGGACUCCUGAGGAAGAAGAGAGCGAGGAUGAGGAGGAUUACGUAAACACGGAAACAGUGUGGAAGUGCAGUGCGCCUGCCGGAGACAGCGACAGUGAGCCGGACUAUGAGAACUCUGCGUGCCUCAGUGGCACAGCCAAGUGAAGAAACAGCCGCAAUUCAGGGAGCCUGAAAUGUGCGACUAGAGCACACUCUGUAGGCCUAAUGUGCUUCUGUAGGUUUAAAUUAUUAUAACCACAUCAUACACAGUGAGCUUCAUGAGCUUAUUAUGACCACAUCAUACACAGUGAGCUUCAUGAGCCUUGGGACAAAGACACAUUUUUCUGGAUUUGGCUCUGUACUGUACUACACCAUUUUCAUUUUGCAAUCAAUCAAAUGACUUGUGGUUAGAAUGUAGAUUUUGUUUCACAGGCAUUUCUGAUUAGUGAGAUGUGUUCAUUCGCUUCCUUACAGGUGUAAGAAAGAGCUUUCAGUAGCUGUUCAUGAUUCUAAGCUUUCGAUUGCCUCUGGAGUCUGUUAUUGGCAUUGGUCAAGGGCCAGGGUUGUGUCAGUGAAAGUCAAGGAAGCCAUUAAGAGGCUGUGAAAUAAUAAGAACAAAUAAAACAAAUAAAGAGGCCCAAGCAAUAGGCUUACCAAAAUGAACAGUUUUGAACAUCAAGAAGGAAGAGAGAACGCCUGUCUUGAUGUUGACAUAUGCCAAUAACUCCAAAUGAAACCAACAUUGAAUAUUUUGGUUAGAUACAGCAUCGGCAUGUUUGGCAUUGAAACAGAGAUGCAUAAAAGAUGUUUGUCAUA